AUGGCGGAGGAGAUGAAGGUUAAGAUUAUUGGAAGAGAAACCAUAAAACCUUCUUCUCCAAUUCCAUCCCACCUUAAAAUCUUUAAUCUCUCAUUUUUCGAUCAGUUUGAUGCUGCAAUUUACACCUCUUUGGUUCUUUUCUACUCUAAUAAUAAUGUCUUCAUGACUUCCGACCAAAUAUCUAACCACCUGAAGAAAUCUCUGUCUGAAGCCUUAACUCUUUUCUAUCCAUUGGCCGGGAGAGUCAAGGACAACACCGUCAUCGAAUGCCAGGACGACGGAGCUCAUUUUGUCGAAGCGAAAUUCAGUGGCCUCCUCUCAACCUUUCUAGACCAGCCACACAAAGACGAGGCACUCAUAGGGCGGUUCCUUCCAGCCGCGACGGAAUCACCAGAAGCAGGCACAUGGCCUUUAUUGCUUGUUCAAUCGACUUUCUUCGACUGCGGCGGAGUGGCCAUAGGCGUGUGCGGGUCGCACAAGUUGGUCGACGCGGCCACGCUGAGCAUAUUCUUAAAGACUUGGGCCGGCAAUGAGGUUCCGGAUUUUGAAGCAGCUUCCAACUACCGUUCCAAAGAUACCUUCUCGUUCGCGCCUCCUGCUGCGCUGGAGCUGAAAAGGGUGGAAGGCGUGGCGAAGAGGUACGUGUUUGAUAAAUCAAAGAUUGCCGCUCUUAAGGCCAAAUUCGACAGUGACAGCGUCAAGCAACCUACUAGGGUUGAAGUAGUCACCGCCAUCAUUUCAAGAUGCCUGAUGGGAGCUCCACGAUCAACCUCGGCAUCUUUCGCUGCUCCGGUGAAGCCACCGCGGUACUCUCUCUUGAUUCAAUCUGUGAACCUGCGCAAAAGAGUUGAGCCGCCGUUUCCAGAGAACUCUGCAGGAAACCUUGCUUGGUACUUUCCAUUGCUGGUGGAGAAUGACAUUUACGAGAGUAGUACUGAGCGGCUGGAGUGUGAACUGCAGGAUUUGGUUGCUAAACUAAGACAAGAAAUCAAAGACUUCACCGAAAACGAAGCGAAGAGGUUCGGAGGGGACAAUGGACUCCAAGUUAUUGUUGAGAGUUUUAAGAAAGGAAAGGAAACUUUUGCAAGAUUUGAUGAUGCCCACUUCUUUCUUUUUUCAAGUUGGUGCAAGUUUCAAUUCUACGAGGCUGACUUGGGUUUUGGAAAGCCAAUUCACGUGACUAUUCCAUCUCACUCCUACGGGAGCUUGAUUUAUAUGAUGGACACAAGAGAUGGGGAUGGAGUGGAGGUCGUCUUGACAUUGAGGAAAGAAAAUAUGGCCUUAUUCGAGAAUCGAUUACUAGAGAUUCUUUCAUUCGCUUCUUCAAAUUAA